AUGUCGUACGAGGACCGCGCCAAUGCGCGCCCCAACCUGAACGAUGAGUCCGAUGUUGAGGAGGAGGCUCUGGUCAACGACUACCGUGAGCAGGUCAACUUCGAGGACGGCAUGAGUGAGCUGGAUCGCACAACAUCCCUCGGUGGCUCGCAGGCCCAGGACCUUCAGGCACAGCUUACCGCCGCUGCUACCCCGCUGGAAUACCAAGCGACCCUCGAGACCAAGUUCGCCAGCUACGACAACUACUGCAGUCUCUUCCACUACAUCCUGAACUCCGAAGGCCCCGUGGAUCUGGAGGCCCCCUCGUACUACUGGGCCUGGGAUGUCAUUGACGAGUUCAUCUACCAAUUUGAGUCAUUCUGCCGCUACCGCAACCGUAUUGCUCGCACUGGAUCCAACGAGGAGGAGGCUCAGCUCCUUCGUGAGAACCCCAACACCUGGGGCUGCUACUCCGUGCUCAACGUCCUCUACUCCCUCAUCCAGCGAUCUCAGAUCACCGAGCAACUGGGUGCCAUGAAGCGGGGUGAGGACCCCAUCGCCUUCGCUGGCGAGUACGGCAACCGCCCGCUGUACAAGAUGCUGGGUUAUUUCUCCAUCAUCGGUCUGCUCCGCGUUCACUGCCUGCUCGGUGACUUCAGCUUGGCCCUCAAGACCCUUGACGACAUUGAGCUCAACAAGAAGGCCAUGUUCGCCAGGGUUAUGGCCGCCCACUUCACCACCUACUACUACGUGGGUUUCUCCUACAUGAUGAUGCGCCGCUACGGCGAUGCCAUCCGCAUGUUCAGCCACAUUCUGGUCUACGUCUCCCGGACAAAGAACUUCCAGAAGGGCGGCAACGGCUACGACGCCAUUGCCAAGAAGAACGAUCAGAUGUUAGCCCUGAUCGCCAUCUGUGUCGCUCUCCACCCCACCCGCCUGGACGACACCAUCCACUCUGCCGUCCGCGAGAAGUACGGCGAGCAGUUCUACCGUAUGCAGCGUGGCGGCCCCGAGGCCCUCCCCGUCUUCGAGGAGCUGUUCCGCUCCUCCUGCCCCAAGUUCAUCAGCCCCACUCCCCCCGACUUCGACAACCCCGCCGUCAACGUCGACCCCGUCGACCACCACACCGCCAUCUUCAUGGAUGAGGUCAAGAACACCCUGUUCAACCCCACUAUCCGCUCUUACCUGAAGCUUUACACCACUAUGGAUCUCAAGAAGCUGGCUGGUUUCCUCGAGGUUGAGCCCGAGCAGCUCCGCUCCUGGUUGCUCGUCAACAAGCAGCGUUCCCGCCAGAUCCGCUGGGUCGAGGGUGGCCUGCUUGAGGGUGAUUCCGCCAUCGCCAACGACCUCGACUACGCUCUCGAGGACGACCUGAUCCACGUUAGCGAGACCAAGGCUGGCCGCCGCCUGGUGGACUGGUAUCUGCGCAACCUUGCUCGUGUCUACUAG